GCAGUUGCAGAAAGGAGAGCGGUUGCCAAGGCAGCCACCAAUCUCCCCUCCCCCUUCUCCCUCCGUUCCUCUUUCCCGUUUAUUAUCGGCAGAGGUCGCAUGGCAGAGGGAAGUCCAACCACUUCUGUACUGGAACCAAUGCAAGAAUAUGCACCUCCAUAACAAAGCCUGUGUGGAGUCCUGAGAGCGGUGGGAAAACGCAGGCUGUACAUUUACGUGCUGCUGUUCUGUCGGUUAAAAGACUUUAAAAUAAGAGGAUUUAAGUUGGAGGUUUGCUUUUUGUUUUUCACUCUGGAACAACGGGAUAGUUUUGCCAACACGUGCGUCUCUCCAUGACAUUUGUUCUCUCCGUUUUGAGUGAGUGAGUGAGUGAGUGAGUGUUUGGCAUCCUGAAGAGGACUGCGCAUCACCAGAGUUGGUGCCGAAGUUCGGACGCUGACGGAUGUGAGGAAAGAGAGUACCGAGUCAAACUCCACCACUUGUUUUUUUUCUUUCUUUACUCUCUCCUGCUUCGGCGUUGUUGUGUUUGCUGAGACAAUAGUGAGUCAAAGACGCUGAAAGUGAUUUCAUGCCUUCAGUCUCGCACAACCUGAGAUGGACGUGAGAUUUUAUCCUGCGCCCCCGGCUAAUGUGGGUUCAUGCACCCUACCGACUGACCCAAGUUGUCUGAGCUCGUUGGACUAUUACCACUCAAACAAGGCCCGGUACAGUGUGGCUGAACGAGGGGUUAGGCUUCACACUGCUGGCCCCCCAGGCAUCAAUCCAGCUAGGAAAAGACUGCCCACUGCUGUGUUUGAUGGUGACAACAUGUACAUGAAUGACAAUAACCAAGAGUUUCGGUCUCCAAACCAGAGCUACUCCAGUCAAGGCAGAGGCAGCGGCGGAGGAGCAGGGGAUGAAGACUAUGAGAUCCCCCCCAUCACGCCCCCCAACCAUGCCGACCCUUCUCUUCUGCACCUCAUGGAGCAUGAGUCAGGUUACCCCUUCCACUCCCUGCCUCACAACGGUCUGCUCAACACCUACUCCUACCCCGAGCUGCCCGCCCUCAUGAUGUCUAACAUGCUGGGUCAGGACACCCACCUCCUCACGGGGCCCAUGCACUCGAUAAGCAAUGAUAAGCGGGCCUCUGCAGAAAUGAUGAAGCCCAAACCCAAACCCCAAAAGAAGAAGAAGAAGAAGGACCCUAAUGAGCCACAGAAACCUGUGUCGGCAUAUGCCCUCUUCUUCAGAGACACCCAGGCAGCCAUCAAGGGUCAAAACCCCAAUGCCACCUUUGGAGAUGUGUCCAAGAUUGUUGCCUCAAUGUGGGACAGCCUAGGAGAGGAACAAAAGCAGGCCUACAAGAGGAAAACCGAGGCGGCCAAGAAAGAGUACCUGAAAGCCUUGGCCGCGUACCGAGCCAGUCUGGUUUCCAAGACUUAUAAUGACCCUGAACCAAAAAGUGCCCAGCAGAACAGCCAGCCCUCCCACAUGCUGCCCCCGAAGCAGCCCCUGUACAGUGUGCCCCCUCAGCCCUCCUCACCCUACCUGGGCCCACCGGGCUCCUUCCCCCUGUCGGACCUCCAGGGCUACGGCGGUCCACCACGCCACGCCCUGGCCCAGACCCUCAGCCAAUCCCAGAUGCUGCCGCCCAGCAUGAGUGCCUCUCCCCCGGCUCCCUUCCAGAUCAGCCCCCCUCUGCACCCACACGCCCAGCUCUCCCUGCACCAGAGCUCCCUGCUCAACCAGCCAAUCCGCAUGCAGCAGUCGCAGCCAAUCAUCUCACACCAAAUGGGGCUCCAGGCACCUCUGCACUCCCCUCCUCUCGGCCAACAGGGAUUUUCCCACAUCCAGGCUGAUUACCAGAACAGUGUCGGGGGCUCACAGUCUCCAGGGGCCCCUAACCCAGUGCACGGCCAGAACCCUGACUGGGAUAGCGAGUACUGCAACAGGGACUGUGGACCCAACCACUGCGGUGGCAUGGGAGCUCGGGACAAGCCUCUCUACCUCACUUGAAGUUGAAAGACCUCCAAAUGUCAGACUCCAGGGAGCUUUCCAACAUAACAACAACGUCAUCAAUGUAUCUGCUUCUACACCAUUUUGUCUUUUUUUCUAUUUCUUGUGACGGAUUUUGAAAAUCCCAAAGACUGCUACAGUAAAUUCACCUAUUUGCCAAGCACUUAGAUCGGCCAGAAGCCUGAGGCACUUCUCUUGCUUUUUUUUUCUUUCCAGUGAACUUUCCAUUUUUUUUGCGGGGGCAGUGAGCUUUAAGCUCAUGCCAGCAUACUGGAAAUGAAGACCAAAAAAAAAAAUGUCUUCUCAUUUUGUUUUGAAUUUUUUAAAGAUGCUUUCUCUGCUCUUCACUCCAUUACUGUGUUUGCCAUGGACUGCCCUCAUUGGGGAGAAGAAAUGCUCUAAGCAUACUCAUCGCGUAAGGGGCCGGGGUAAAAAAGCUAAUGCAGGAAACUAGAAUAAAGUCACCUCAGCAGGGAUGGAUGUAAAUCAGGACAGACUGAAACACCCCGACUGAGAGAAAGCAAAGCAAAAUUUCUAAUUAAGAUAGUCACAAACACAUAAGACAUUUGUAAAUCAUCCUUGCCCCUGAUAAAGGACUCGCUCAGUUCUUUUCUUCCUCACAGAGUGAUUGUAUAUAUCACCAAAAUGGAUCCUUCUUAUGUGUGUAUUUAGCUGCAGUCCCUUGCUCUAUUUCUUUUUUCAAGAAUUCUUUUGUUUGGUUUUGUGAUUUCUGUGCAGGCGGAUUCAGUGAGGGAAUACACACACUAAAAGUUGUGUUGAAACUGUGUUCACUCGUCUUUUUUUUCUCUUCAAGCAAGAGAGAAACGCAAAGACUGAAAAUAUUUCCUCCUUACAUGGCGGAGCUCUGAUAGAGAGUCACUCUCUUCACACGGCCUCAGGACGUUGACGAACUGUAGAGGUCAAAGAUCGAUACCUCUCCUUUUAGCUCCUCCUCCUCUUGGUCAAUAAGGACUUCCCUCACCUGUAACCCUGCCCACUUCCCCCCAUAGUCCCCACACCACUUGUACAGGUGAAUAAAAAAAGUUGCUAAAUGUGAAAUGUUACUAAAGAAAAAAACAUAACAGUGGGUUUUAAAGUUUUUGACUAGUUUUAUUAGGUGUUUUAGAAUUGUGUUGAACUCAUCUUUAUCAUUUUUUGUGAAGAAAAAAUUAUUCUGAAGCUUUUUUUGUUUUUGUUUUUAUUUUCACUGUAGCAGGAUUUGCGUUUGGGAGGAGCAGUCAUGGGGAUAGAAAUUUUGAUUUUGUGUAUAAACCUGCCAAAUGUACUUCUUUAAUUUGUAAAGCUAGUGAUGAGAGAACCAUUUGUUUUGUUGAAUAUCAUUUGUUUUACAACAUGGUCAUUCUAUUUAAUUUGGUUGCAGGUUUCACAUCUAUUUAUGAAUGAUAUGAAGUAACAUUUUGGCUUUUUUUUUCAUCAGGGUGCAUUAUUAUUAUUAUUAUUAUUAUUAUUAUUAUUAUUAUUAUUAUUAUUAUUAUUAUUAAUCAAACUCCAUGAUUAUUAUUAGAAAAAUAAAUAUUUUUUCAGAAAUGAUUGUUGGUGCAUCACCCGUGUACCAGCAUUAGAUUCAUUUUGUGUCACGAUUACUUAUUUUGUUUUCUUUUGUCUGUAAUAAAAUGUUUAAAGUGGA